CUUCUUCUCGUCGAUGUCUCCUCGCCUUCCUUCGGAGUCUCUCUCUCUCACUCUCUCGCAUUCUCUCCGUUUCAAGAAAGUAUUCGAUUGAUGGAAAAAACGAUUGAGGAAGACGAAAGAAGCAGGAUUGUUGCGUCAAGAGCCUCUAGUAUGCAGUGGAGUCAGUGGCAACUACUCGAUUCCAUUUUACCAACCGGAGGCUUUGCUCAUUCGUUCGGUCUGGAAGCAGCGGUUCAGACUCGGUUAGUUUCGUCUCCCAAAGAUCUAGAAACCCAUAUCAUUCAUGUGUUGGAUAACACAGCUAGCUUACUGCUUCCUUUUGUCUACUCUGCUCUCAAAUCUCCUGACAUAGAAACAUGGCACAAGCUCGAUCAACUGCUUCACGCUACCUUAACAAACAAAGUCUCUUCAAAGGCAUCGAUCUCUCAAGGAUCAGCGUUGUUUCGCGUGGCUGCUUCAGUUUUCACUGAGAUCCCAAACCUGAAAAUGAUUAGAGACGCCGCUCUAGGCACCAAAGAGUUACAUUUCCACCAUGCCCCGAUAUUCGGGCUUAUAUGUGGCUUCCUCGGCAUGGAUCCUGAGACUUCUCAGAGGGCUUACCUGUUUAUCACUCUGAGAGAUGUUGUAUCGUCUGCUACGAGACUGAACUUAGUGGGACCGAUGGGUGCUUCUGUGAUGCAGCAUCGCAUUGCCAUUGUCGCUGAGACAGUUUUAGAGAGAUGGAUGGAUCGUGAAGCUAGUGAAGCGUGUCAGACAUCUCCUUUGCUGGAUGUUGUGCAAGGUUGCCAUGGUUACUUGUUUUCCAGACUUUUCUGCUCGUGAUGAAGAAGCAUAUGUGUGGAUUUGGUUUUAAACCCCGUAGCUUCAACUGUCCUCAUCGAUGGCUUAUGGUGCUCUAAAUCAUAGUGUAUGAUCACAGUAUGCGAUUACAUUAGUGAAAGUAAGGCCUUGAUCUGGCUUAUUUGUUAACUUGCAACUGUGGAUAUAUUCUCAUGAAUCAUGACUUUGAAUUUGGGGAACUUAAAAAAAGAAUGUCAUGGAUAUUUAAUGUCCAUUGAAUAUCCAUGAAAUUAUCUCCCAUGAAACCAAAUUUGUUGUAUACAGAAUUCCCAUUUUGUUUGAAGUGCUGGCUUGUAUUAGGAUUUGUAAUA